AUGGAAAAUAUGCUUGUCCUCGAGAACUAUGAAUUUUGGUAUGGAAAACGUUUUUGCUGUCAAGGAUUACUGUAGGUCUUCCAAAAAUUCCUCAAAGGUUUCUUCUUCUUCCCCAUUUCCCUCCAAAAACUAAUCAAUUGCAAAACUUUCCUCUCUUUCUCUGCACUCUCUCCUAGUUCCCCACACUCUCUCAUUUCUCUCAUAUUUUCUCUAACCGUCUGCACUCUCUCAAACUCCAAUACUCUCUUGUCCCUUUUUUGCUUAUAAUUCACAAAAAGCCAAGCAAAUACCUUAUUUUUCGACGGCUUUUUUUUCGAGUUAGUCUAACUUUAACACUAAUUUGGAGCUAAGCAAUAUUUUUGAAGGAUUUCGAAUGGAAAAAAGGUGGGUUUUGAUUUUUUUUUUGAAAUAUAUUUUUGAAAAAAAAGUUUUUGGCGCCAAAAAUCUUGCACUUUUUCUUUUUCUUUUUCUUAUCAAAAAAAAAUUGAAAUGUUGAUAAGAAAAUUCCAGAACUUUGAAAUAUUCCUAGGUUUCUUUUCAAAUUUUUAAUAUUAAGUCAAAAAUUUUUACUACAAAUCCGGAAGUUUUCAAUUUCCUGAAUUUAUUUGUGAACUACAUUUUGGGAAUUAUUUUCUGAAGAUAUUAGAAAUUACGAAAAUUUUUUUAAAAAUUCUCAAAAAAGUUCUAGAAUUUUCUCAGAAAAAAGUUCCAGAACCCAAAAAAUAUUCAAAGAUCAUCCCAAAACUUAUCCGCCCUCUCACUCAAUUUUCUAUCUCAUUUUUUCCUGACCGGAAAUUUUCGACACUCCCCGUCCGUUCAAACCUACUAAUGUUCCUCUCCCGAAAUUUUUCUCUCUCAAUUUUUCUUCUUCUUAUCCCACAUUUUCUUGUGUGUAACAGGAGCAAAGGGAAGGAAGGACACAAAAAAUCACAGAAAUAGUAUGGGAAAAUGAGAGAGUGCCAGAGAUUUUGGAUUUGCUCAAAGCAAAUCAUUGCUGCUUUUUGAGAGCCCCACCAACACUCCCGUGAAAACUCGUUUUCUAGUCAUUUUUUCGUAAUAAAAUUGAAAUUUGUCAUUUUGCCGGUGAAAAUUGGGCAAUUUUUAAAUUUUUAAAAUCAAAUUUUUCAGGAAAUGAAAAAAUCCGAGGAUGGCGGAAGAUUGUCGAGUAGUUGUUCAUCGAUUAGAAGUUCGAAUUAUUCGAGAAAUUAUACUCCAAGGUAGGGAAAUUGGGGGGAAAUUUGAAGAAAAAUCGAUAUUUUUUUCGAAAUCUACGCAAAAUUUUGCUAUAGACACUUGUUUUCCACUCCAAAAUGUGUAGUUCUCGCGGACAAGCUGAUUUUCCAGCCCAAAAUAAUUUUUCCAACCGAAAAUGAUUGGGUUGGAAAAGUCCGCGAGAACUACAAAACUUGGUAUGGAAAUUUUUUGUUCAACUCAUUUUGCAGCUCUCUAACCACCUCCACUCUCAAAUACUCUCCCGCCAACUACACUCCACCAUCACGAUCUUCUGCUUCACAAGAAUCCAGCUACAGUACUUCCAGCUACAGUAGCCCAAGCUACAGUAGUGCAACACUAGGAAGAUCAUCAAGAUAUGGCUCCACAACAAAUCUUGACACCUCCAAAUACAGUACCCUUGGAAGAACCUCUUCAAGCCGAUACAGUACCCCUUCUUCUACAGUAUCCUCCUACAGUACACCAGCUGCGGCGCCUAGGAAUUUAUACAGUAGUCCGGCUGCUGCGCGGGUCUCGAUUUCGAAUAAUGAGAAUUUGGGAGGAGCAACAAGUGCGCCCUAUCGAGGAAUAUCAAGAUCUAGAUUGGAUACGGUAGGGUCUACAGUAACCCCACAAAGGACUACGGUAGCUGUGGAAGUUCAGCCAACUACACGGACUAAUAUGGUACAUCCGACGAGUUCGCAUAUAAGAAGUAGAAGUACGAGUAGCUAUAGGUGAGUGGGGAGGAGAAAAAUUUUCCAGCCCAAAUUUUUUGGUGUGGAAAAAAUGCACAUUGCUUCUCUGCCAGUUUUUCCAUACCAAAAAAAACAAAUUUUUCCAUACCAAAAAAAAAACGAAUUUUUCCAUACCAAAAAAUACUAAUUUUUCCAUACCAAAAGAGAAUGUUUCGCGCUUCUCCUCGAGAACUACACAUUUUGGUAUGGAAAAAUAAGUGUCCUUUCUACUUUUUCAUUUCCAGAACAAUAAAUGUGUCACAAUUCACUCAACAAGCUCGUGAACGUGCUGAAAAAGAGGAAAAAGACCGGCAAUACAAAGAAUGGAUUGAUCGAGAAAAAGACAGAGAAGCUGAAAAAGAAUAUCAGAUUCCGAGUUAUUCGAUCUCUACUCCUCAAAAGGUUCUACCACCACUGACUUCUUCCUCUAAUCUGAGCAAUGGUGAUCGAAAGUACGGUGGCUACAGUAGUAGCUACAGUACUUCUACGGGACUCAAAAGCACUGGAGGCUUGGGUGGAGCUGGCUUAGCUCCGCCCCCUCCACCUCCACCCCCAAAUAUCCCAAGAAGUGUCUCGGCGGCGGUGAUUUCUACUAAACCUAUGGCAAAGGUGAGAGGAUACUGUAGAUUUCUUGGCGCUAAAAAUUGAUCUACUUCAGAUUUCGCCCUACGAUGAUGAAUAUGAGAAAUCCUGCGUAGUGAAUUCGGGAUUCACAGGUCUCCGGAAUAUUGGAAACACGUGUUUCAUGAAUUCGAUUCUUCAAAUGUUGGUCAAUAAUUUGGAAUUGAGGGAAUUUUUUCUGGAGGGACAUUAUAAAUCGGAAAUUAAUGCGGAUAAUCCAUUGGGAAGUCAGGUAGGGGGAUUUAGGGUAACCUUAGGGUGAAUUUAGGGUAAUUUAAAUGAAUGCAAGAAGGUUAGGGUAAUUUUCUAUAGUUCUAAAGAGUUUUUAGCUCAUUUUUCACCAAAUUUCUCAUUUCCAGGGUCGGUUAGCUUCAGCUUUUGCUGAUUUUAUGCGACAAAUGUGGAGUGGAAUGAAUAAGGCAAUCGAACCGGCUCGAAUCAAAGAAAUUGUCGCUGAAAAAGCGUCGCAAUUCGCCAAUUUCGCUCAACACGAUGCACACGAAUUUUUGAGCUUUUUAUUGGAUGGAUUACAUGAGGAUGUUAAUCGGGUGAGAGUUUGCUUAAUCUGAGCAAUAGGCUGGUUUUCGAAUUUUUCAAAUUGCUCUAAUAUGAGCAAUGCUAUGUCAUUUCUAGAUUUAAAACAGUUUUUUCUCUCAAACAAUGCCUAAUCUUUUGAAUUUUCUCUAAUAUGAGCAAUGCUAUAAAUAAAUAUUUUAAAAUGAGCAAUGCUUAUCUACCCUAGGGUUAUAUGAAUUUCUAACCUGAGCAAUAGCCUGGUUUUCGAAUUUUUGAAUUUGUUCUAAUAUGAGCAAUGGUAUACAUUGACUAAUUUUCUCUUUAAGAAGUUUCGGAAGCAAGGAUUUUGUAGUUUCCACAAAAAGAAAAAUCUUUAACAUGAGCAAUCAAGUCUUUUGAAAAAAGCUUGAUAUGAGCAGAAUCUACCCCAUGAUUCCUAACCUGAGCAAUGAUUUUUUGUAGGUGAAAAAGAAGCCGAUAACCUCCACAGUCGAAUCCGAUGGUCGACACGAUCUUGACGUGGCAAAUGAAGCGUGGCACAAUCACUUGCUCCGAAAUGACUCGAUUUUCGUGGACCUCUUCCACGGUCAACUAAAAUCCCACGUGCAAUGCCCAAAAUGCGACAGAGUUUCGAUAACUUUCGACCCCUUCGUCUAUCUUCCCGUGCCUUUUCCGAAACGAAAAAAGACCUCGCAAGUACUGUUUUGGCCGCUGGAUAUGCUACAGAAACCCAAGAGUUUGACAGUGAGUUAUAGCAGCGAGGGAACUGUCGCCGAUUUGCUGUCCGCGAUUUCUGGCGAGACAAAAGUGGCGUCGCGAAACCUGCGAGCGUUGGAAGUGUUCGGACAUCGCAUCGAUAAGAUCUACACGGUGGAUCAGAAAGCAAGUGAUAUUGGAAUGGCUGAUGUUGUUUAUGUGUUUGAAGUUCAUGAUGAGGUGGAAUGCGGGGAAGAAGUCUUGCAGUUCUAUGUUUUGCAACGACAAUUAUAUCCGGCAAAUUUGAGAUAUAUGUGUAAUGAGUGUGGAAAUACACAGGGCAAAUUGAAGGCUUGUGAUGCAUGCUAUAAUGCCUAUUACUGCUCAAAGUGAGUUUGGGAGCCCUUGGGAGCCCUUGGGAAGCUUCGGGAAGUCUUGGGAGCCCUUGGGAGCCUUUGGGAGCCCUUGGGAGCCCUUGGGAGCCCUUGGGAGCCCUCUAGAGCCCUUGGGAGCUCUUGGGAGUCCUUGGGAGCCCUUGGAAGCCCUUGAGAGCUCUUGGGAGCCCUUGGGAGCCCUUGGGAGCCCUUGGGAGCCCUUGGGAGCCCUUGGGAGCCCUUGUGAGCCCUUGGGAGCCCUUGGGAGCCCUUGGGAGCCCUUGGGAGCCCUUGGGAGCCCUUGAAAGCCCUUGAGGGCCCUCGGGAACUCUUGGUAGCCCUUGGGAGCCCUUGGGAGCACUUGGGAGCCCUUGGGAGCCCUUGGAAAACCCUCGGGAGCCCUUGGGAGCCCUUGGAAAACCCUCGGGAGCCCUUGGGAGCCCUUGGGAGCCCUUGGGAGCCCUUGGGAGCCCUUGAGAGCCCUUGGGAGCCCUUGGGAGCCCUUGGGAGCUCUCGGGAGCCCUUGGGAGCUUUUGGGAGCCCUUGGUAAGCCCUUGGGAGCCCUUGGUAGCCCUUGGGAGUCCUUGGGAGCCCUUUAGAGCCCUUGGGAGCCCUUGGGAGCCCUUGGGAGCCCUUGGGAGCCCUUGGGAGCCCUUGGGAGCCCUCUAGAGCCCUUGAGAGCCCUUGGGAGCCCUUGGAACUCCCUCCCCACUUACCUCAUCUCACUCCCCAUGCUUCCAGAGAAUGUCAACUAGCCAACUGGUCAUCGGGAGGUCACCGCGAUGAAUGCCGGCGUCGCCCAACAUCCGAAGUCGUCGGCCAGCCGCUCAUCGUCUCCUUCCCCCGCUCUCAACUCACCCAUGCCAAUCUCUACCGUACCCUCGAGGCUAAAUCCAGGCAUACUGUCACCAUCUUCCAGCAACCACAGGGAGCUGCUGAAGGUGGACCUGCAGAAGUCGAGGCGAUCGGAGCACCACCGCAACUCUUCAGGGUGACAAUCAGAGAUGAACGGGUCAGAGACAACGGCUCAUCGAAAAAACAGACAGUAUUCCCAUCGGAGGGAAGUUCCCAGAAGAUGUUCGAGAUUCGGAAGCUCACCAUGGGACCUGGAGAGGCCUUCGGGGAGCCGAUCCCAGCCUCCGGGGAACCCCUGAACCUCCCGAAUAAUUCCUACCUCACCAUAAAUUGGAUAAACCAAAGGUUCGGCAAAGAAUACAUAAGUGUUGGAAAUGUGCCAGACAGGGAGCUCCUGGGAACAUCGGGUGUGUCUAGAAAUGAUCCAGGAAGCCUGACAGGCAAUCCAAGACUCGCUGAAAUGUUGGAUCUGUUUUCGGAGACUGAAAGAUUGAAGCCGGAAGAAUCGUGGUAUUGUUCGAAGUGUAAGGAACAUGUGGAAGCGACAAAGCGAUUGCAAUUGUAUCGAUUGCCGCCGGUUUUGAUUAUUCAGUUGAAGCGAUUUGUGUAUACAGGUUGGUAAAGUUGGUAGAGUUGGUAGGCUUAAUAUGAGUAAUGUCAGAGUCUAAGGCUUAGGAAAACUUUAAAAACAACCCUUUUUAAAGGGACAUACACUCGCAGGCUCAGAAAUACUUAAAGGGACAUACACUCGCUCCGUUCGAGCCGCUUUCGCGGAAGAUUGAUCUACACUCGCGCAGAGCGCUCGGUCAGGCUCCGCCCACAAAACCAUGCCGAGCGCUCUGCGCGAGUGUAAAUCAAAAUCCCGCGCAUGCGGCUCGAGCGGAGCGAGUGUAUGUCCUUUUAAAGUUUUGUAUCACUACAGUACCCAAACUUAAAGGGACAUACACUCGCUCAGAGCGCUCGCCCUAAUAUGAGCAAUGCUGUUCGCUCAGGAAAUCUUAGAGGGACAUACACUCGCUCCGCUCGAGCCGCUUUCGCGGGAGAUUGAUCUACACUCGCGCAGAGCGCUCGACUUAACAUGAGAAAUGCUGUGGGUAGAGCCUGACCAAACCUGACUCUGUUUAGACGUGGGAGGUCUGUGAUAGCCUGGUAAAGCCUAGAUUUCUCUCCACAACAUUUCCGAUCCCCCUGUAUUUCCAGCAUUCACCCACCAAUCAUCAAUGCAUCGUCGAUCAAAAGACGAGCGAACCGUAGAAUAUCCGCUAGAGAAUCUAGAUAUGUCGCCGUUCCUGGCCGACACUGCACCCAAACAAGCAUCAACGGUAAGGAUUGGGUUAAGGACCUUAGGGUAGACCUUACCUAUUUUUUUGCAGACCUACGACCUGACUGGAGUAGUGUGUCAUAGUGGAAGUUCCUACUUCGGACAUUAUAUCAGCAUGGGAAGAUUGGCUGAUUUUGAAUCCAGCAAGACCAAGAUCGGUAAGCCUAGACUGAGUCUAAGCCUAAAUCCAGUUUCACACCCUUUCAGAUUGGCGUCAAUUCGAUGACUCAAUGGUUUCUCGUCAAUCCACCGCCAACAUCCAAACCGAUGAUGCCUAUCUACUCUUCUAUAAACUGAGGGACCCUAAUAUGACUCGUAGUAUUUUCAAAAAACAUUAUUCGUGUGAUCCGGGAGAAGUGGACAACGAUUAUUGA